AUGUUGACAGCCUUUUUUGUCUCUGAUUAUUUUCCUCUCUUAGGAUGGAUUGAUAAACUCUUCGGAAAAACAAGUAGACUUGAGAAGAAUUUUAAGGAUUUGGAUGAGUUUUACGAAGGACUCAUUGAGAAACAUCUCAAUCCCAAUAGGCCAAAAUCCAUGGAAGAAGAUAUUAUUGAUCUUUUGCUCCAAUUGAAGAAAGAGAAAUCAACUCCAAUUGUUCUUACUUUGGACAACAUAAAGGCUAUAAUCAUGAAUAUGCUAGUUGCUGGAACAGACACUACCGCAUCUACAAUAAUUUGGGCAAUGGCAGCCUUGAUAGCAAACCCGAAUGCCAUGAAGACAGUUCAAGCAGAAAUUAGAGAAUCGGUUGGAAAAAAGUCCAUAGUGAAUGAGGAUAAUGUCCAAAAGCUUCAAUAUUUCAAAGCAGUGAUAAAAGAGACAUUCAGAUUAGCAGGUAGAAGAGGAUGUCCGGCUAUUGCACUUGGUGUGGAAAAUGUGGAACUUGUACUCUCUAAUCUUCUUUACGCUUUUGAUUGGGAGUUGCUUCGUGGGAUGAAAAGAGAAGACAUUGACACUGAUGCUUAUGCUAGAAGGAAUGUGAGGGAGAAUGCGAAACAAAAAUCUCCUCCCCAAGCUCCUCCUCAAGUUUCGGUUGAUCCUUUGGCCGAACAAGUUACAAAUGCAGAGGUUAGGGCGGCUUUUCAAGUGUUGGCUCAAGCCAUGACGUCCCAAGCAAAUAGGGAGGUUGCAGUUCUCGAGAACCCAAAUAUUGAGGAGCAAAAGCUCAAUGAAAAUUCUAGGGAGGCAAAGAGAGCUAAGACCGGUGAUGGUAAUUUUUCUCAUGCAAGGUCUGAGGCAUAUCUGGAAGCUUUGGAUCUCUGGUUGGCUGUAGAAGAUGAAUACAUCAUUGCUCCCUUGCCAAACAAUCCCACGAUGGCACAAAUUAAAAAUCACCAGGAAAGGAAAAUUAGGAAAUCAAAGGCAAAGGCAUGUUUAUUUGUUGUCGUUUCAUCCAAUGUCUUCACUCGUACCAUGUCUCUAAAGUUGGCAAAAGAGGCAAGGGAUUAUCUUAAGACUGAGUAUGAAGGAGAUGAAAGGAUUUGA